AAUUAAUUAUUUUCGUUGUUGCAAAAUCUUAACUUUAGGUCCCAAACACCAAUUAUCUGUAAGGUAUUUUGCUACAUUGGCUCGAAAUAAAAAAUUUAGCCAGGUUAUUAAAAAUUGACCAAUGGACGUUUGGUAAAUUAUCAACAAACAUCGCCGCCAUCUUGUUGGAAAUUCUGUACACGAGAGAGAAGUUUAUAUUGGAGCCACACAUGUGCUAAGGAGAUUUUUAAUCACUUCAGGUCUUCGCCACGAAGCAGGAAGAGUUAAAAGUGAAAAGAUGUCUGUGAUUAUUCGGCUACAGGGCUUGUCCUGGUCCGCUAGCGCCAUGGAUAUCCGAAAUUUCUUCAAGGGUUUGAGUAUCCCUCCAGGAGGUGUUCGAAUCAUUGGUGGUGAGAACGGUGAUGCUUUUAUAGCUUUUUCUACAGACGAAGAUGCGCGACAAGCAAUGAUGCUAACGAACAAACCGCUAAAUGAUAUUCCUGUGCAGUUAUUUCUAAGUAGUAAAACCGAAAUGCAGAAUACCAUAUCGCAAGCCAAAGAUAAAGCCCCGAGUGUUUCUGCACCAGCGGCACCGGCUGUCAGUACGAAUCUUGCAUCAACAUUAUUAAGUCAACAGAUACCAUCAGUGCAGCAAAUAUCCCAAGCUUUUCCAGCCGUAGGUCAAAUUAUGGGUUCAUUAGGCAUUCAACAGUCAACACAAGUUGAUCAGUUUCAGAGUGGAUUUAACAGGACUGUGCCUCAGGUUAAUAUGUCACUGUCUUCGGGUUUCUUGGACAAUUCUAAUUCGAACAAUCAACAACAAAAAAUACAAUCGAAAGAAAAAAGUAUGAAUCAGUAUGAACAGGAGUUACCAGGUGAAUAUGCAGUUGGAGGUAUCCAAGGCUUAAAUAAACAGUCAGAUGUUAAGUCCAAUACACAGAGACAGCUAGGGUUUGGCGAUCACUUAGGUGCUUCGUAUAACAAAAAUCAGACAGAUGUAGUCAAUCAAGGAUUUCCAAAUACUCAACAAAAUCAUGGAAGUCUAGGUCCAAAAGGUAACUUUCGCGGAGAAGUUUACUUUCCACAGACAGAUUUUCAUCCACCAGGCUCUCAUAAUCAACCAUGGGAAAACAGUAACCAGCAGCAAAACCUAAAUCAAAAUAAUCCAAAUAUGGCAUUUGGAAAUAAACAGCCGUUUAACAACCAGCCUGGUAACUUCCAAGGUCAUGGGAAGCCUAUCUAUGGUGGCCAAAGCGUUACCAGCAGUCAGCAGUUUGGUCAUGGUAAACCAUUUCAAAGUGAAAAUACCGUUAUGAGUAAUUUGCAAUCUUUUCCAGGAGUACGUCCGAAUUUUCCCGUUAACAACAGACCAGGUGACCCAAACCUCAUGCCAAACAAAAGACAAAGCGACCCGAACUUUCCUCAAAGUAAUAGGCCAGAUGUCCAUAACUAUCCCCCAAGCAACAGACCAGGUGAUCCUAACAUUCCAACUAGCAAUAAACCAAGUGACUCGAACUUUCCGCCAGGCAACAGACAAGGUGAUCCUAACCUUCCACCAAGCAGCAGACCAGGUGACCCGAACUUUCCUUUUAGCAAAAGAUCUGGUGACUUAAGCUUUCCAUCGGACAACAAAUCAAAUGAAUCAUCAUUUCUGUCUAGUGGUCAUCCUACUGAUUUUCCUAAUACACAAACAACAGGCAUACAUUUUCCACAAAGAAGUGUUCCAAAUGAUGUUAGUCAUUUACAGGGUAGUCGGCAGAGUCAGUUAAAUAUUCCACCAUCUAGUCGGUCACAAACUCAGAAUCUUCCUUUAGUUAGUCGGCAAGAUGAUUCGAAGUUUCUUGCAACUACUCUCCCUUUCGAUUUAAGUUUUACACAAGCAAGUAUGCCAAACAAGUCUACCUUACCACCUAGACCUCGCCAGUCAGCUUCAAGGUUCUCUCCUGCAAUAGUUUCUAGUGAGGCAAAUAAUCCACCAGUGAGUCGCAUUAGUGGUACAAAUUUUCCCCAAAGUUCUCAGCCUAAUGACCCAUAUUCAACUAAGUCAACAUACUCUACACCAGGAGAAACAGCGAAUAAAAUUGAAUCAGGACGAUUAUCUAUGGCUAGUAAAACUAAUGUUCCAGCUGAUAAAUCGUCAGGAGGUUUAAUUUUGUCAAAUAAGCGGGACGAGUUUGGUAGAAAUGUACCAUAUACAGGACGUGAGGGAAACUUGAGCGAUUCUUCAAGAACACCUACUCAGGAUGAAAAAUAUGACGAUUCAAGAGAUUCCUCUGAUACACGGUUAAGAGAUUCAAACAGAAGGAGUAGCCGAGACAGAGACCGAUCCCGCGAUCGUUCUAGCCGACGUGAUAGCCCACGUGAUCGUGAUCGAAGGGAUAGAGACCGAGGUCGAAGAGACAGAGACGAUGACAGAAGGUCAAGGAGAGAUCGUGAUAAGGACCGCGAUCGUGACAAAAGGCCAAGAGAACGUGACAGUGAAAGGUAUGAGAAAAGUCGAGAAUCAAAAGAUAAAGACCGAAAAACUAGUCCUGCUAGGGAUUUAAAUCGAAAAGCAAGAAAAAGAUCUUUGUCACCCAGUAGUAAAAACAAGAACGAAAACGAAAAGAAGUUGCAGAUUGAAAAAGCUGGACAAUCACCUGUUGUUAAACGAGAUGUUACUGAUAACAAAGUGAAGUCAUCAGUUGGGAAUUCCAGUUCUGAUAGUAAAUCUGUAGACAAGACUUCCAGUUUAUUAGAAAAAGAUAUUGAAAAGAAGGCUAGCACUGGGGCUCAUCCAUUGUUCCCAGUUGUUCCACUGCCAAAGAGUGGCAGAGGUUUACUUGGUGAGGCACCAGUUACGUUAUCAGAAAAUGUAAACCCAGGUUUUGGAAACUUUAACCCGUCAACAUCCCUGAUGAGCAGUUUAAAUGGACAAAAAGUUACUGGUAUUGGAGGCGUAAACGCAGGACCUCUGUUAAAUACACCUGUCGAAGCUGUACCAAAAGAUUUCAGAGGAUAUGAGCCGUCAGGUGGAUUCCCAGGUCCUAGAGCAGAUAUUCCACCGUCUGACAUGGGCAUUGCUUCGCAAUCUGGAUUUCAAAAGAGGUCUGUUGAUGGGCAUAGUGGUAAGGGGGUCGGGGAGCAGUCGCAAACAUUUGAAUAUGGGCAUUCUGGUGGUAUGGUGGGGCAGAUAAACCGAGAAAGACCAUUUGAUAACAGAUCUGAUUUCCGUGGGUCUCGUUUCACAAGACACGCACAGUUGGAUACAGGCAUGCCUUCUGCUGAUUAUAGAGAACUUGAUAGAGAUAUACCUCAUUAUGAUCAACCAGAAUUUCACAAUAAUCAACAGCAUCCUAGAUUUAAUAGAGGUCAAGGAGGUAGAGAUGGACCUCCGUCUUUUGUUGACAGAAAUCAGCGUGGUUUUCAAAGCCCAGAUCGCGAAGGGCCAUUCAGGCAAAUGGGUGGUCCACCAUUUGAUGAUCGUCGGUCAGAGGCUUUUAGAGGGCCAACACAAGGCCCUGGUCCUGACAGUACGGCUCCCCCUUUUAAUGAAAGAAAUACUCAUAUUCAGGGGCGUGAAGGUCGCCGCAGUCUUCUAGGUGAUGGUGGAAUGCAGCGUGAUUUUAGAGGACCAGGCUAUGAUCGUUUUCCUGAUGGACCGGCAUUUGAUGAAGGAAUGCAACGUUAUGAAAGCUUACCACCUGAUUUUCGGGGACAACCGCAAGGUCAGUAUGAAACGCAUGGCAGACAUUUUAAUGACAGAAAUACAAAUGAGAGUCGAGUGAUGCCAAGUCUGUUGGAUGACAUUCCGUUCGGAAACAGACGAGAAUUUCAAGGCCGUCCUGGAAGAGAUCUCCCACCGCGUCGGGAGGGUCCUCAAUCUGAUUUCAGAGAUGAGCCCUCUUUUGAGCGCGGACGCGAUAAAGAAGAUCGGAAAAUAUUUGAACAUGCAGGAAGAAAUGAUCACAGUUUUGACAGAAGGAGCAGUGGACUUCGCAGUCGGCAAGGUCAAGAAGAUUUCAACGGACCUGCAGAUUUUAGAGGACAUGAAAUGGAUGACAGACAUUUUAAUCGCGAACAAAAUGAGUCUAGAGAUAAAAGGCCGCCUUUUGAUAAUCGAGGUCGAGAGUUCGGUGGACCUCAGGGGCGAGAUUUUGAUAGAAUGUCAGGGAAUAUUCGUGGUCCUAACAUGGGCCAGCAGAAUAACCGUGAUAUGCACAGAGACAAUGAAAGUAGCUAUAUGCAGUCAGACCGGGAUAGGGAUCGUCGUUCGUUUGACAGAGAUGGGACAUCGUUUGAGCGUGAAAGGGGUGACUUUAAUAGACGAGACAAGUACGAUAAUAGAUUUUCAGGAAGAUAUGAAGAUCAUGCAGACGCAACAAGAGAUCGAUCAAAUGAACGUGGCCGAGAUGAAAGAAACAGAGAACAACAUGGCUACAAAAAUGAGCGAGAUCGAUCAACAUUUAGAGAUGACAGGAAACGUGACAAUGAUGAAAGGCGAAAUAGAGGUGAUGACAACUCAAAUGACAAAAGAUCUUCAGCAAAUGAUAAAAAUGAAUUAAAAGUGAGUAGUGAAAAACAGAGUGAAAAUAAGAACGAAGCAAAACCUAGUGAGAAAAACGUUGAUUUAAAAGAGAAUACGUUAGCAUCAGAAGCCACAAAGGGGUCUGCGUUAUGUUCUGUAGUCUUGGAAAAUAUUCCCGUUGAAACAACUUAUAAGGACAUUCGUAAGUUAUUUGCUGGUCUAGAACUACCAAAGGAUGGCAUCAAGAUAUUGAAUAACAACGAAGGAAAACGAAUAGGAAAAGCUUUUGUAAGGUUUGGUUCUCAAGAAUCGUUCAAGAAAGGACUUCAGAAGGACAGAACCAGACUAGGAAAUAAAAUUAUGGUAAUAAAACCGGUACCACGGAAAGAAUUUGAUAACGCAAUUGAUUCAUACCUACCUCCUGAUGAUGACGAUGAUGUAGCUCCCGAUCUCGACAUGUGUAACUCAUUAAGUGCAACAUUAAGGGCAUUGAAAGGUGAACCACAACUUAAAAUGCAGAAGAAAUCUGUUACACCUAAUACAAAAGACUUUGUCGUGAAGAUAAGUCUUUUGCCUGAAUAUGCUAAGGUACAACACAUAAAAUCCUAUUUUGAGGGUUUCGGUAUUGCGAAAAAUGGAGAGGCAAUAGUUGUUGAGUCCAGUCGUUUUAAAACUUGCACAGGACUGGGUUAUGUAGAGUUUGCAGACGAAAGUUCAUUUAAAAGAGCUCUGAAUCUAAAGAAGAUGCUUGAUAGGAAAACUAUUAAACUUACUCAUGGGAGUAAAAAAGAGAUGAAUGAUUUAAUGAAUAAAAUGAAAUCAGAAACUAACAGUAAAGUAUCGGAUAAAAGUGCUGAUGGACGUAAAGAUGAGAAAACGAAUACAAAAAGUGAACAUAAAGAGGCUAAGGAGAGUGGAAUUGAAAGUAAUCAAGCUAAAAUAAGUGACACUGUUAAAACGCCCAAAGUCUCAAAAGAGUCCACAGUCGCGAGUACUGAACCGUCAAAAACACCGCCUGUCAAAUUGUCCCCAGCUUGUACAUGCCUUAGAGUGAGAAAUAUUCCAAAGACAAUGAAAGUGUUUGAGCUGCGCAGUUUAUUUGAGGGCGUAGGCGUUAGUGUUAGGGUAGCUCAAAUAUGUCAUGAUGCUGUUGGUAAAGCAAUUGGUGAAGGGUAUGUUGAAUUUUCUACAAACUCAGACGUGCAAAAAUCCUUAGUGAAAAAUGAAACUUCGGUUGGAAAAAAUAAGAUAUCAGUUGAACCUGUUACUAAAACUGAAAUGAUUGAGAAUAUGCGGCUGUUAAGACAGUCAUUACAACCAGAAACGCCUACUACCCAAGCUGUGUUCUUCUUUGUGAAAGCGGCAAAUUUACCAAAGAAUGUGUCAACAGGAGAGAUAAUGAACUUUUUCUCAGGGUACAAUCCUGCACCAGAAUCUAUUAGAUUGAAUAUCGGUGACGGUAGUGAACCUCCAGAUUGCAGCACUGCUUUGGUUGGGUUUCGAACACGGGAACAAGCAGAAACAGCGAUUGCCUCAACUAAUGGGAACCUUCUUAGAAACAAGAACGUUAAUCUAACAAAGGUGAUUCUUUAAGGUCGAUUCUCGGAGAUAGCAGGCGUCUGUAUGAAGUAUAACGGAAUUCACUUCUUGCUAUUUUGAGAAUGCAGUUGGGGUAUUUUCAUUUGGUGGAGAAAGGCUGUGAUUCUCUAAACAAAAACGUUUCGGUGUUUGAAAUAGUUCUCCGUUUGUGCCACGUGUGCAACACGUUUUAAAAACUAAAAAACUUGUUUAAUUGCAUAAAGAAACAGGCGUCAGUCAAGUAUUAGUUCCAGUAUAUGAAGGAAAACAGAACAGUCGUCGAUGGAUAAUGCUUCAACAUUUGCACGUUGAAUUCAUUCGAUGAAUAACGUAAGAAGAAGGAGCAAUAUAUAAAGAAGGGAUGGUUGGCAUACUGAUGUAGUGGUGCAGUUUUAUAUAAGGACUGCUCGUAUUGUUUGAUUGUAAAUGAGAACUUUUCCAUGUUAAUACUUGGUAGAAAUGUUAAUUG